AUGGGUCUCUUUGAUUUCUUCAAGUCCAAGGAUGCUGCUCCUGCCCAGCAGCAGCCAACCUGGGAUCCUGCCACGCUCACCAUGCAACAGCCCGCGAGCCCCGAGGCUCCAUCCACGGAGCGUGUUGUAGCGGAGCAACCGAAUAACCAGGAGGACAUGAAGAUGCAGCUGCGCGGUGGUGGUGCUGGAGAUGUGUGCUGUGGAGUGUGUGCGGGUAUCCUCUGCUUCGAGUGCUGCGAGGACUGCUGUUAG